AAAGAGAAUUCAUCUCGAAGUUCUGACUUCACAAUGGAUGCCCUAAGGAUGUUGCCUUUCAUUAUCGUUGUGCUCACAUAUCUCAUUGUUUCUGGAAAAGCUCAGUUCACAGUACAGCCAGUGUCAUUGGAGAGAGCCGAGGGACUAGAGGCUGUGUUCAGGUGUCGGUAUCAAGCAGAGGGAUUUACUAAUAAUUAUAUCUGGACAAUAAACAAUGUCGUAGUGGGACCAGAUACAGACACUGUUAGAGCACGUCCACCUUCAUCCCCUGGUAGAUCAACCACACUGACAAUCUUGGCCACUCCACAGCACAACAACUCUAUUGUGUAUUGUGAGGCUAUAAUCAGAAAUGGCUCUGAUAAUACUUUCCCAGAUUCAUCCACAGCAUCUCUAGUUGUUCGUGAGACGGUCCUCACUCAUCUUAUUAUUGCACCAAACACCAUCACCGUGAUGUGGAAUGCUCUACCUCUCACUAACUACAGUGUGGACAUCACCGAGUCAACUCUAGACUCAACUGAAACAGUUGUUAUCGAUUCUAAUGAGUACAUCUUCACUUACUCUGAUAACAGUGUGUGUGCCAGAUUUACUGUGACUCCUACUGAUGGAGAGAUGAGAGGAACAACCAGUGAAUUAUGUACUGGGUUAUUUACGAGAGUAGAAGGUGGUGGAGAACAGCAUCGUAUUCUUGAAAAUAAAAGGAAUAAAUUAGUCAAGUUUAGGGCAACUGUUCCAAGUUGUACAAAGUUCACUCGGUAUCGUGUGGACUCUGACCUAUUGACUACCUCCAUCAACCUUCCAAUCACGAACCCUCUUCUGUUUGAUGGCACGCUCAGUUUCUCCCUCCCCACUGACAAGUUGACAGAAUACAGUGUCACACUGACUGAUGAGAAUGAAAUAGACCUCGUGUUUGAGAACAUUAAAAUCAGUACAUUUGACGUUCAAGAAAUCCUAGUGUCUGAAUGUCCUAGUGGUGGUGGUAUUUGUGUGAGCAUUGUGUAUGUUGAAGGUACUGUCUCUCCUGGAGCUCUCAUCUGUGUGAUACGUGUCGUUAAUGAGGUGCUUGGAGAGCUAAAGCUUGAUUUUGCUAACAUGAGACUUGUUACCAUCCCUCGGAAUCCAAUUGAGAAUUUCACAAUUCCUGUUCCUAGUGGAGAAUACCGAGUGAUUGCUUUUGAUCUGGAGAGCAACCAUUUACCAAACAUGCCCAUCUCUAUGGUAGCACUCAGUCAAGACAAUAUGACAGUGAACUCGACUGGUGAAGACAUUACCAGUUCACCACCCAGAGAGGGCAUUAGUGCAACCAAGUUAACAAAUGGAGAGGUUAAUGUGACUUGCUGUGACCAGAAUUGUCUAGUCUUGCUCCAAUCCACCACCAUCUUGGACCGAGUACCUGUUGGUUUCAUCAACGCAUCUGAAGUAUCAAAUUCAAUCUCUGUGAAUGAUUCAACUGUCCUCUCUUUAAAUGACACGUUUGGUGGCUAUGUGGUGGUGUACUCUUGGAAUAGUUUGGAGACCAUCUUUGAAGGGGAGGUAUCGCUCAUUAUACAACUUGACCAACUCAAUAGUACCUCUGCUCCCACUACAUGUCCAACAGCUGCUCCCACUAUACCUACAACGUCUGAUCCACAAACAGACUCACCUCCUCCUCGUAUGGAGUCUCUGCCAAUAUCAGUUAUCGCUGGUAUUGUUGCUAUUGUUGCGAUGGUUCUGAUCACCACUUCGAUGCUCAUCAUUCUUGUUGUUUUGUGUCUGGUGAAGAAAUACAAACGAGGCGGCAAGGUGUUUUAUUCCAGUAACUCUGAAGGCGGCAGUGUGGAUGUGCGUGUUUCAAUAACAUCGCAAGAUGUCGCCCGCCGUGAGCACAUGUCUCCGGAAUGCAACACAGCUGACACUGACGAUACCCUUCCACCAGGUUAUGAUGUCGUGCGUAAAGAUAACUCGCCAAGUCCUGAAUAUGAAACUGUACCAUCAGCUAAGGCAUGCAAACGUAGACCCACCACCAGUGAGAACCCUCCACCCCUUCCCCCUCCCAUGAUACGAGGAGACAGUGAGGCACCAGAUCUACCACCCCCCUACAAUCCUGCUGUGGAUAACGAGGGUAUUGUUUUUAUGUUAGCAGAGAGCUCUUUCUGCCAUGUGGAAAAUCAGUUAGAUUGGGAGGUUGAUGAGUCAUUGAAGAAUGAUCUAUCAGUCAGUGACAUGGAGCAUGACGAUACUACAGAAGAGGCCAUUGGUAGCACUGAAGCUCAACUGGAAAUGGGUCAGAUGGACCCAGUACAAGGAGGUGCAGAGGAUGGAGCUGGUAACAGUGCUGACCAUGGUGGACAAAAGACAAUGAUCACUGCGCAGGACGUUGGUGCCUUAAUAACAUUUGUAGCGAUUUAUGAUGUCGCCCGCCCUGAGAACAUGUCUUUGGAAUGCAACACAGCUGACACUGAGGAUACACCUCCACCAGGUUAUGACGUCGUAUGUAAAGAGAACAUGCAAAGUCCUGAAUACGAAACUGUAGCAUUAGCUCUGGCAGGCAAAGCUGCACCCACCACCAGUGAGAACCCUCCACCCCUUCCCCUUCUCACAAUACAAGGAGAUGAAGGUUUGGAAAAUGAUGUGGUGCUUACAGAGGAGGCCACUAGCAUUUCACAAGCAAAGGACAAGCCUACAGAGGAUGGAGGUGACGAUGGACUUGAGGCAAUGAUUACUGCACAACACCAGUACACGCUGGUGGUUCCCAAGCCAGCCAGCAGUGACACCAAGGUGGUGGACUCAUCCACCGUCAUCUAUUCUGAGGUAGACAAGGACAAACUCACACCACCAGUUGCCAAAGCACAAGGGCAGUACAUUCCGGUGGAGACCAGGCCAGCCAGCAGUGAUGCCAAGGUGAUGGACUCGACCAAGGUCGUAUAUGUCCAGGUGGACAAGGACAAGCUCAAACCAGUCGAUCUGAACGAACCACCAGCUCUUCCACCACGACACCCUGUCACUACUGAGGAGCUGCACACAGAGAAGACACUAGCCCUUCCACCACGACGCCCUGUCACUAAUACUGAGGAGCUGCACACAGAGAAGACACUAGCCCUUGCACCACGACAACGCCAUCCACCCCCACCACCCAUCCACGAGACGUCCUUAAUAACUGUGUGAGAACAUAAUAACUUCAAAUAACUUACUCGGCAGAUUAGGCACAUGCACCUCUUUAUAUUAAAUGUAAUUUACUAACACGUACAUUGCACUGCUGCUUGUGGCAUGUAGAUGAUAAUUCUGUUAUUGCUGCUUUAAAUUUCUUCUGACUCUUCAUGGGUUGUAUCGAA